UAGAUGAAUUUGCGAAACUUAUGUCUUUACAUCAGGUGAUAAUAAACUUUGGUACUUUAGUAUAAUACAUCGAAGAUCUGCUGCCUAUAAUACACCGUCGUACCUUCAAGCAUGCAAAUGAGUUUAAGCGACACCAACUGUAACUUCCAAUCAAUUAGAUGAUUGUGAUUUCCAAAAGUCACAUUUUGCAGGAAAUCCUGAACUUUUCUUCGAGCGCCAGUUGCCAGGAAAGUGUAUUGAGAUUUAAAGCUGAGAAGAGGAAAUCACUCAAUGACAGUGCUCAGAGGGGGUAUGCCAUUACAUGUGUUAUUAGUUGGCGGAAUAGGCUUGGCGGGGUGCACCACUCAGAAAACGUUUAAAAAGCCAGUGGACGAACGUUCAGAGUUCUUUUGAAGUCAAGUUGUAUACUACUAGCUACCGUGACUCGCCUCUUAAGUCAAGUUGUCGACAAGCUGUAUAGUACUAUAAAUACCGAAAGCUGAGGUAAAGUUGUCGACAACCUGUACUACUACACGCUACCGAAACUCGCCCGUUAAGUCAAGUUGUUGACAAAUUGUAAUUUCCUACACCACCGAAACUCAUCGACUCUUAAGUCAAGUUGUCGACAAGCUGUAGUACUAUAGCUACCGAAACUCGUCUUUGAAGACGAGCUGUCGACAAGAUGUACUAUACUAGCUACCGAAACUUGCCUCUGAAGUCAAGUUUUCAACAAGUUGUAUUGCUGUAGCUGCCGAAACUCGCCUCUUUAGUCAAGUUGUCGACAAAUUGCACUACUAUAGCGACCGAAACCUGCCUCUAAAGUCAAGUUUUCGACAAGUUUUACUACUACUCCUGAAACUUGCCUCUGAAGUCAAGUUGUCGAAAACUUCACUACCGUAUACAGCUACCGAAACUCGCCUCUUUAGUCAAGUUGUCGACAAGUUGUACUACUAACUGCCGAAACCUGCCUCUGAAGUCAAGUUGUCGACAGGUUGUACUACUACCGAAACUUCUUUAUAGUCACCAAAACUCAUCUGGCAUUGAACCACUAUAUUGGCUCGGUGUGUACUGAGCACCGUAUCCACAACGAUAAACUGAUAUUGCAGACCGGUCAUCAAUUUCAUCCUAAGCUGUUUUGAGAUCAUGUCGGUGAAGCUCUUAGCACAACGCGAGUCCGACCACAAGGUACAGAAGUGGUUGGAGCUCAAUAAAUGCGUAUCUUUAUCGACAGGAUUGAACGAAGGAACUUUCCCCGUCGAUCAACCCUACAAAGUUUAUAAAUCUACUGCAGCUGCACUGCAAGACAACCCAACUGCAGUCGAGCGCCAUAUACCCAUGGAUCCGAGAUUAUGGACCCCGACUGACGUGAGAAUCUGGCUGAGUCACAUGACAGAAACACACAGCAUACAAGCCGAUCCAAGUUUCUUUCAAAUGAACGGUCGUGGUCUCUGCCUCAUGUCGCUCAAAGGAUUCCAAUUCAGAGUUCCAGUUCAAGGGAAGCUUCUGUACGACGACUUCAGAGAGCGGCUGAAAAUAUGCCUCCUGGCGACUAGAAAGGAGACUAUCAAACCCACCAAUCAAAAACUGUGUCACCAAGAAGCUGCCAAUCAGAGAACGUCGACUGUUCGUGUUGGCGAGGAGGGGACAAGUCGUACGUUCGUGUACCAGACAUUAUGAGAGUAUAAGGACCAUGUGAUUUAAUUGACUUCUAUGUAAAUAUUUACGAUGCAGCUGAGAUGUAAAAGAAAAAAAUGCCCUUUAAGGAGUGGAAUUACACACAGGUCAUGGAGGCCAUGGCUUCGGUUGCCCUCUCCUGCCGUCGAUUUCACAAAACUCUUCCUAACUUAGGAUUGACCUUAGGACUUUAGGACGAGUUCAGUUACGUAUCCGAAGACAUGGGACGCAUUGGACCCAUCCUAAGUUAGGACGGGUUACUCGUCCUAACUCGAGAUAAGACGAGUCCUAACUCUUUGUGAAAUCGA